ACAAUCUCGAAGGAGAGGGCCACCAACUGAAUCCUCCACUGCUCCAAGGCUAAGUUGACGGAUGACCACUAUUGCAUCGCCCUCAAUGAUGUCAUGAGGCAAACUCCAAGAAGCUGCAAACAAGAUUGCAUCCCUGUUGCAAGGAGCUCUGUAGGGUAAGGGUCCGAAACCCCUUGAUGCUGAUAACUCGAGGCAAGCAGCACAUGACCGUCCGAGCCACGAACCACAAGGCCAGAAGAGCAACCAGAGGCUUGGACAACAACAUCAAAAUUGCUUCAGGAUGCAUUCCCAGGGCUGGCUUGAAGAGGCAGGCAAGCGAGGAUGAACAAAAGGGGCAGGCGGUAAGGAGGAGAGUACUUCACGGACUUGAGAGAACUGCGGGCAAGCAAACGGACAUGAGGUUGGGUAUUUUCAAAUACCACUUUAUUUCUUGAUUUCCAUAUUCUCCACAAGAGGUAAACGACUUGGAGAAUAUGGGUUUGGGACUGCUCUGAUAGCAUAACUUGACGCCACCACGUACUAAAAUUCAUUGUUGGGGCCGAAACGAGUAUCUCACUUAAUCCCACAAAGUACCAUAACAUAUUGGCAAAGGGGGCAAUGAAAGAACAAAUGUUCUAUACUCUCUCGACUCCUCUAGCAAAUACGACAUUGCCUUAGCCAAUUAAACCCACCAGAUUUGAGCGUAGUAGUCAGUAGUACCACUCUAAGGCACUUCUAGUGGCAAAUGAUAACACGUUUUGACUGAAUACUUGCCAUUUUUGAUAAAAAUGCCAUUAUGACUGCGAUGUCCGUGGAAGGGCCAUUUUUCAAAUUAUAACCACAAAGUAGGGAUCAAAACAGUAAUGUAACCUUACCUUCCUUAAUGAAAAACGAGACCAUUUUUUAUAAUGUAAUAUCAACAAUAAUAAUCAUGAACCGUUAAAGGUAAUUAGGGUGAUCUAGAGUGAUUAAAAGACCAAUAAUUGCAAGUUGAUCCAUCCGCCCCGUUGAAGGAACGUUAACUCCAUUAAAUUGGGAAUUUGGGAUUUAAUAGGAAUUCAAAUAUGGGAUCCCAUAACCGAUAACGGAAAAAGAAUCACUUCAAAAACCGAAGCCUUUAAUGCGAAAUAAAUUCGCUAGAGUUCCCAACGAUGGAACUUUUCGGCGAAACAACCACCGUAUACGGCCGCAGACCGUCACAAUUGGAGAGCCUGCGAGGCGGCAUGAAGAGUGAAAACGGGGAAAGACCUCCCGUAUAACGACCCCAUAUCAACAGAUUUAGAUAUGGAAGAGGAGCGACAUCGAUGCUUCUUUCCUUACAAAGUUUACUAUCGCCGACCCGGCGUCUCUAGCUCCACUGGAGCUGACUAACUUUUUAGGCGUCGCUAGCUUCACGUAAGUUCCUCUCUGGAAUUUAGCUAGGAGAUUUAUCUCUGGAAUUUAGCUCUAGAAUUUAGUUAGUUAAUAGAUAGUUGAGGAUAAAUAAGGUUAUUAUGUUAGUAUAAUUAAUAUUAAUAAUUGAUUAUUCUCUUUCUCUCUUCUCCCAUAACUUUCUCCAUAACCUUCUAUCUCCACUACAAUUAAAAUGAAAUUCAAAAUUAAUUUAAUUAGAUUUUAAUAUUUAAUAAAAUUCAAACUUAAUAUUUUUUCUCUUUUUAAAGUAUAAAUUAAUAAUUAAAAUUUUUCUCUCUCAUUUCGUGACAACUUGCAAUGUAGUAUUAACAUUUUGCAAUGACAUUAUCAACGUUUAUGAAAUAAAUCAUUAUUAUUAUACCUUAUCAUUAUUAACGAUUUCAAUAUAAGUAUCAAUUCUUUACAAUUAUAUUAUUAACAAUUUUGAAUCAAUCGUUACCGUUGUACAUUUUCAUCAUCAACGUUUAUGAAUGAAUCAUUGAUUACAACAUCUUUACUAAUGAUUCACAACAUUAUCAUUAUUGAUACUAUUAGUAAUGGGCUCUCAAAGACGUCCCACUCGUUUCGACAAACAAACAACGACUGAUAUCAUGAUACAUCAAACGUCGACAGUGUUCACUAUUAACAGUACAUGACAAAAUUGCAAAUAUUUUAGGUUAAUUGUUAAACGUUUUGAAACUAUUAGUAAUGAUAUACUUUCACAUUGUUAACGUUUUGAUGAGAGUUGCUUAACGUUUUUAACGUAAACGUGACGUUCUCACUCCAAAAAUUUCAUUGAAACUGAAAAUUAUAAAUGUUUUAGGUUGAUUUUAAUGAUUUUGAUACUAUUAGUUAUGAUAUACUUUAACAGCAUUUUAGUGGGAGUUGCUUAAGGUUUUUAACGUGAAAGUGAAAUUCUAAGUUGUAACAACUACGCGAUAUCAGGAUACAUUAACAAACAACAUAUGAUAUCAUGAUACAUUAAACAUAGAUAAUGUGA